AUGGCGAACGGCAGCGGCUACGGGUGGGCCCUCGCGGCGGGCUUCAACGCCGCGCUCGCCGCCAUCUCCGCUAAGUUCUUCGCCACUCUGUUGCUGAAAUAUGGCAUGGUGAUACUUUUCAAUGUGACAAUGUGGGGGUGCUAUGUCAACAGCCUCAAAGCUUUGUCAUCCCUCCAGGCAACAGUGACAAACUUCGCCGCCAACUUCAUCUCGUCUGGGCUUGCAGGAUAUUUCCUGUUUGAAGAGCCCUUGCCUUCUAAGUGGUUUGCAGGUGCCAGUCUUAUCAUUCUUGGCGUCUUUAUCCUCAGCAAGUCAAGCAUCGAGGAUAAACAGAACUCAGAUUAG